UGAAUUCUGUGUUUGUUAUAAGUCGUGUGUGUGUGUUCUAGAAUGGGAAUCAAGUUGAUAAUCUUAUUGGCGUUGCUGGUAGGAGUCUUGUACAGUCUGCAUCUCCUCGUCCAGGAUUACCAGGCCCUCACAGCAGCAUCCAAGCUCCUCAGAUUUCUCUUCAAAAGAGAUCUUACCUCGCAAAUGUAUACUAAGCCUGCCGUAAGAUGGAAAAGAAUAUUGCUAUGCGACCCGAUACAAUGCGCAAGGUACUUCUAUUGUGAACUGGGGGCACAGCCCGUGAACAACGAGGUGCUACGAGGCUUCAUCUAUAUGCUUACAUUGGAGCCGACAGAGCAAGACAGUUAUGCCCAUUCAGUGUUCAAAGAAGCAUAUGAUCAUGGGAUGACGUACCCAGACAGAUGUCGAGAGAAAUACCCAAUGUGCCCCUUCGAGUCGUCACUCCUAUUUCAACUGAUAGGAUACUUAGUACAUCAUCCACAGACCUAAGUCUAGUAUAAGUACUGAUAGUGUUAACAAAUUGAAGU